GUUGUGUGGUCUCCCCCCCUCCCACUACGGGUCGCGGCUGGGGGCGGCCCGGGAACGGGGACGCGGCUUCCCCCUCCCACCCCUCCCCUUCCUCCAGCGCUUCGACCCAAGAUGGCGGCGCUGAGCAGCGGCAGCAGCUCCGAGGGGGCCUCGCUCUUCAACGGGGACAUGGAGCCUGAGCCGCCGCCCGGAGCUGGGGCCUCGUUCGCGGGAGGAGGCGGCGGCGGCGGCGAGCCGGCCAUCCCAGAGGAGGUAUGGAAUAUCAAACAGAUGAUUAAAUUAACACAAGAACACAUAGAGGCGCUGCUUGACAAGUUUGGAGGAGAGCAUAACCCACCAUCAAUAUACUUGGAGGCCUAUGAAGAGUACACCAGCAAGCUAGAUGCUCUACAACAAAGGGAACAGCAGUUAUUGGAAUCCAUGGGGAAUGGAACUGAUUUCUCUGUCUCCAGCUCAGCUUCAACAGACACAGUUACAUCAUCUUCCUCCUCUAGCCUCUCUGUAGCACCUUCAUCCCUUUCAGUUUAUCAGAACCCCACAGAUAUGUCACGGAAUAACCCCAAGUCUCCACAAAAACCUAUUGUUAGAGUCUUCCUACCCAACAAACAGAGGACAGUGGUUCCAGCAAGAUGUGGGGUGACAGUCCGGGACAGUCUAAAGAAAGCUCUGAUGAUGAGGGGUCUUAUCCCAGAAUGCUGUGCUGUUUACAGAAUACAAGAUGGAGAGAAGAAGCCCAUUGGCUGGGACACUGACAUUUCCUGGCUCACAGGAGAGGAGUUGCACGUGGAAGUCUUGGAGAAUGUGCCGCUUACCACACACAAUUUUGUACGAAAGACAUUCUUCACUUUAGCAUUCUGUGACUUUUGUCGAAAGCUGCUUUUCCAGGGAUUCCGAUGCCAGACUUGUGGUUAUAAAUUUCACCAGCGCUGUAGUACAGAGGUGCCACUGAUGUGUGUUAAUUAUGACCAACUUGAUUUGCUGUUUGUCUCCAAGUUCUUUGAACACCACCCAAUAUCGCAGGAGGAGGCCUCCUUAGGAGAGACCACCCAAGCAUCUGGAUCGUACUCCUCAGUGCCCCCAUCAGAUUCUAUUGGACCACCAAUUCUCCCUAGUCCUUCUCCUUCAAAAUCCAUUCCAAUCCCACAGCCCUUCCGACCAGCAGAUGAAGACCAUCGGAAUCAAUUUGGGCAACGAGACCGCUCGUCUUCAGCACCCAAUGUGCACAUCAAUACAAUAGAGCCUGUCAAUAUUGAUGACUUGAUUAGAGACCAGGGGUUACGAGGAGAGGGAGGUUCAACCACCGGUUUGUCUGCCACCCCACCUGCCUCCUUGCCUGGGUCCCUUACCAGUGUGAAAGCUUUACAGAAGUCCCCUGGACCACAACGAGAGAGGAAGUCAUCCUCAUCCUCAGAAGACAGGAAUAGAAUGAAAACCCUUGGUCGACGGGACUCAAGUGAUGAUUGGGAGAUACCAGAUGGGCAGAUUACAGUCGGACAAAGGAUAGGAUCUGGAUCAUUUGGAACAGUCUACAAGGGAAAGUGGCAUGGUGACGUGGCAGUGAAAAUGUUAAAUGUUACAGCACCCACCCCUCAGCAAUUACAGGCCUUCAAGAAUGAAGUAGGAGUGCUCAGGAAAACACGACAUGUGAAUAUCCUACUUUUCAUGGGUUAUUCAACAAAGCCACAGUUGGCUAUUGUUACACAGUGGUGCGAGGGCUCCAGUUUGUAUCACCACUUGCAUAUCAUUGAGACCAAAUUUGAGAUGAUCAAACUCAUUGAUAUUGCACGACAGACUGCACAAGGCAUGGAUUACUUGCAUGCCAAGUCAAUCAUCCACAGAGACCUCAAGAGUAAUAAUAUAUUUCUUCAUGAAGAUCUUACUGUAAAAAUAGGUGAUUUUGGUCUAGCCACAGUGAAAUCACGAUGGAGUGGGUCCCAUCAGUUUGAACAAUUGUCUGGGUCCAUUCUAUGGAUGGCACCAGAAGUAAUCAGGAUGCAAGAUAAAAACCCUUAUAGCUUUCAAUCAGAUGUAUAUGCAUUUGGGAUUGUUCUUUAUGAGCUGAUGACUGGGCAGUUACCAUACUCGAAUAUCAACAACAGGGAUCAGAUCAUUUUUAUGGUGGGACGAGGAUACCUGUCUCCAGAUCUCAGUAAAGUGCGAAGUAACUGUCCAAAAGCCAUGAAGAGGCUAAUGGCAGAGUGCUUGAAGAAGAAAAGAGAUGAGCGACCCCUCUUUCCACAGAUUCUUGCCUCCAUUGAGCUUCUGGCUCGGUCAUUGCCAAAAAUUCACCGCAGUGCAUCUGAGCCCUCAUUAAACCGGGCUGGCUUCCAGACGGAGGAUUUUAGUCUAUAUACUUGUGCUUCUCCAAAAACACCCAUCCAGGCAGGGGGAUACGGAGAAUUUGCAGCGUUCAAGUAGCCACAGCGCCAUGGCAGCACCUACUCUAUUAUUUAAGUCUUGUAUUCCUACAGUUUCUUAACAUCAAAACUCUGUUCUGCUCCUCAAAACCUAAAGCAAUUUAGGAAAAGAUAUCCAUAAGCUUAGAGCGGAGCAGAAAGGAACUGCUGGUCCAACACAAGGGGGGGUAAUAAUCUUUUUAGGAACCAGAAUUCUCUGCUGCCAGUGUUUCUCCUUCAACACAAAACACCACGUGUAUUCAGAGACCCGCAGUGGCUGCCUGUACCGUUGUCAUCAUUCCCAGGAGAGAGGAGAGGGCACGCGUGUUUUGACUUUGGUGCUCAGGCAUAAGGGGAUGGAACUGCUGCAGCAACUUAGGAGACUUGCUUUGGAUGUCUGCCAGUUGGCUUUCUCCCUCUAACAACGAAUCAUCAGAGGCUGAACAUCUGAUGAGAGUGCUAAUCAAACGAAUCAUCUUCUGUUCUGAUUUUUUUUUUUCCUGGCAUGCUUACUGAUUUAUGGGUCAAAAUGCAGCAUCCCCUUUUCAUUUAAAUGCAAAUAUCAAACAUUUCAAUUGAUCUAUGUCAUUGACUUUUAUCCCAGUCAAAUUUGAUACUUUAAGGGGUGGGAGGUGGCUUCAGGAGAAGUUAAUCUGGAGGAAAAGGGGAUGCUGCACCAUUUUUCAAAUUUACUUUUCACUUAUCCAAAAACUACCCUUUUCUUGUUUCUAAUACUUUCUGGUGUGCUCAGACAGGGCAUCUUUCAGAAGGGUUGGGAAGCUCCUCUCGUUGGUCCAGCAACAAACUAAAGUUAACAACAAAAAAUGUAGCAAGUUCUCAAAAUAUUUUUUUGUAUCAUCUAAUUCAAUGUAUUUUUCAGAAAUGCGAUAAUGGCAUGUGCUGUCUGUAAAACUGCUAAUACAGACUAUGGAAUGGUGUAUGUACCUAUUUUAAAAGUUUUAUUUUAAAUGAGGGUGCAGGUGAAUGCCAGGUACCUUACCAAUGUAUAAGGUUUUCAUAAACAGGAAAAAAAUAGUUCUCAGGUUGAAUUGAAAAAAAAAAUACAAAAAUCCCCCCCACCCCUGAAUUAGACAUUCUGCAAAUUGUGUUUUGGUACUUAGAGAGCUUUUUUUAAAAGGAUUUUUAUCCUGUUAACUCAGUGUUCUCUGAUAAGUGUGUGUGUAAAUGUGGAGCAUCUUGUCCCAAUGGCAAGGUGUUAGAUUUAAAAAACAAUCAACUACUACAAAAAACGGUACUUGCUGGAUCCACGCUGACCUUUUCUCCUCUCAUUGGUUUCUUCUGUUUGACUCUCUUGUUCCCAUCCCUCCAUUUUUCCCUUUUCCACAGUUUGCAAACUAGGAUAAAGGUGGCAGUAUCCACAUUUAGUUUCCCUUGUUUCCCUGUCCUCCAAGCCCAGUUCUCAAAUGGUUGGUAGCUUUGUGACAGGCUACCAAGUCAGAAGACAAAUUCGUAAAGUUCAGCACAGUGUUUACCUCUAGUAGAAUAUCUUGUGAUGUGAUCUGUUUGCAGAAUUAUCCGAUAUGUGGUAUUAAACGUAAAUUAUUUGUACAGAGGCAAGUCAGACCAUAGUAGAAAGAACUUCAAGCUCACACGGAAGUCUUCAGAGUUUGAUUAAUAUCUGCCCUAUCCCACUCUACAUGAGGCAGGAGAAUUGAUGCCAUUAAUUGGCAGCACUAUUCUUAGGUGAAUAAAAUCAGGUGACUCAUGUAAAGGAGUUAAAUGUGUACAGACGCACAUGGCGUUGGCUGAACACAUUGUUUCUGCCUCACUAGGUGAGUGGGGACCUUUACUGUGUACAGAAGGGUGCCCUUGGAGAUAUAGGUAGCCUGUUAUGUUUGUUAAUUAUUAUUUACUGUGGUUAAGGGGUCCUGAUUAAUCUGAAGUGAGAAAUAUAAUUGAAAUACUGUGUAUUCAUGUUAAUUCCACAAACAGCAGCCAGACAGCAAUAGAGAGUGAUCUGAAGUUACUACAAGGAUGAAGCAAUUCAUGUUGCUACAUGAAUAGAAUUGAUUUUAUGUACAGGAUGCAUUUGAACAAACAAGCACAACUUUUUUCUUCUCUGCUGUGGGUCUUCAGAUGCUAUUAGGAUUUUUUCCUUCCUGAAAUGGGCAGGAAUUAAAAUAAUCAGUAGCAGUGUCUACUGUACUUUCCAGUGUGAAGAAGCAAGCAAAGUGAGCAGUAGUGCACAGUCAGGUGAAAUCACCAUGCACCAUGGUAGUGUAAUGGCAGUAUACAGUGCUAUCUGAGGCAGGUGACAGACCAAGGUGGAAAAAGCAAGGAACCAAGUUGUCAGCAACAGUUGAGAAUUUUUACCAAUAUUAACUCCAAGAGAGUGAAGUCAUUACUGUAUCAAUGUUUUCCCCUCAACCUUUUUUUUUUUUUGGCCUGUGAUGUAGCUUGUAAAUAUAGGGCACACUGAAAAUUACAUAUGCUCCUAAAGAAAGGUAUAGUCUAAGUAUGUAUUGCUAGGUUAAGAAUUAUCAUUUCAACAUACUGGAUAAAAAUCCUAGUUUCCUUCUAUAUUUUCUUGCUGGCAGAGAAGUAUUUGUUAAAAUAAAACAGUAAGGAAUGACUUUUUUAUCCUUGUUUUAAAUAAAUUUAUUUUGUAAUCCUUCAUUACCUGUUAGUCUACAAUAUGCUUCUUGAGCCCACAGGAAAAGCACAAGGAAAAUUGCUAUCCUUGUCCAUGCAAAGCACUUUAUAAGUAACACAUGGUCUUUGAUUUCCCCCACCCCCAAAAAACAUGUAUGUUGUUUGACUGUUGUUUAGUUAAGUCUUUCAGGUUUCAUUUCUAUUACCUUCCAAGUUUUUUUCUCUUAAAGUAGCUGUAAUGCUUUAUGUUUGUGUCCAGCUUUCUAUCUGUAUAAAGACCACCUUAAUCCUCAUGCAAAACUUUGGGAAAAUUUGGUUUGUAAAUAAUUGUUUUUCUUCAUUUCUUUUCCUUCAGAAAUUACUAAGGACGUUUUGCAUGAAAAUAGGAUCAAUUUUAAAGGUGCCUUGCAGGUGUUUGGUAAACAGUGAGACAGUAGCAGGGACAUGUAUUGAAAGCCCCAGAUAGCAAGGGGGUGAAGAAAACAAUGAACUCUUUUUUAAAAAAUUAAUAAAAUUCAGGCUCGCUGUUCACACCAUACAGCUUCAGCUCAUCUGUGAUUCCCUGGCUCAGUGCACUAGGGCAUAAACCCACAUGCUGGGUUUGGUAAUUUUAUUAAAUAUUUUAUACCUGUUGGGAUAUAAAAUUAUCUAGGCACUUAUACUGCUUUAAGAUCCAACAUAUCUGAGCAGAUAAUAAACCUUUUCAAAACCACCACUUGAGCACCCAUAGUCCAAUUCCAUGCUUUUGUGGAAUACAUUAGCUGUGAAACACCCCUUCUUCCCCCAUAUACAGAAAUUAGAAAAUACCUGUCCUAUCAUCUAGUCCCAUCUCCCUGUCAAUGCAGGAUUCGUCCCUACAGUAUAUUUUCUGGGGCACCGUGGUGGCAUUGAAGUCAAACGGAGUGAACGUAGGAGCCUGAUUAUUUUUAAGGUAACAGCAUCAGUUAAAUGCUGAAUGUCUCUGUAUUCGACAUAGUCCUGCCAUUCUCACUUUUCACAAAACAUUUGCAGGUCACUGAAUUAAUCUGUUCCUGCUUGCUUUAUUCCUUACCUGAAAUCAUCCUUUCUCACAAUUGAGUUCUUUGGCAAUUACUGAUAAUACAGAUUAUUUUGGGUCAAAUUCUGCCCUCAUAUUUCUGUGGCUUCUACUUAAGUCAGUUGGAGCUAUAUGUGCUCUUUAGAGGACAACAUUUGGCCUACUAUGACAUGAAGUGAAUAAACAGAAGUGUGAACUGUUAACAAAGAUCACAUCUUUAUGCAAAUGUCCAGCGAUAAAAACAUACUGAAGAAUUGCCUCUAUAGUUGUAUUGUGCUGUCUAUGUACACGGUGCUUUACUGAACACUUUGAAGACCAGGUCCAUUCCCCAAAGACACGAUGAUCUAAUAUCAGUUGAGGCAUCAGUAGUUCUUGAAGGUAUCUGUGUAGUGGAGGGCCGAAUUAAGAGCUGAAGCUUGCAAACAUUUCACACCUUUCCAGCCUGCAGGUUUUUAUGGAAUAUAUUCCCUUCUUGACUGUGAGUGCAGCAUGUGUAGCACAAACUAUUCAGAGUACUGUAGACAAGUAUCUUUCCGUCCAUUGAAACAAUGUCACCAGGACGUAAUAUGAUAGUCUAACCUUUUAGGUACAUUCGAGAUUCAGUUGAAAACCAGUUGCAUAAGGACUGUCAUGGCAUCACUUUGAAAAUACUGGAUGUUUUGUGUCUCAAUGGUUUGGUUUUUAUUUUCUUUAUAUAUACUAGUUUAUCUCAUGCACACACACACACACACACCCCUACACCUACCUACCUUUCUUGGCUGCUUUAUUAUUUCUUAUCUGGUAAAUCAAUGCAUCAGAAACAGGUGUUGAGACAAUUGGAGUAAAAACAUUUUGUUUGUCUUUAGGUUUUAAAGAUGAUAAUAUAGAAGCUAAUCAGCACCAUGAGAGCAGUGAAUAGUAAUAGUCAUAAGUGUGUGUGUGUGAUUAAGGCAGUUUUUCAAAAAUAGCAGGAUGGGGAUGCUGAUGUGAACAAACUGAAGAAGUGAAAGCUAGUAGUAUUUAUAUAGAAAAGAUAUCCAGAAACUCUCUUAAAUGGUAUACAUGAGGCUUCCCAAAAGUUAGCUUUGCAAUUUGCCAAAUGAUCUUGUGCCUUCAUGACUUAAAACAACAAUACAUAUAUAUUAGGUGCUUUGUAACUAGAGCAGUGGCUUUGGUUUAAUUCCAAUGCAGGGUCUUCAUAUUUAGAUGCAAAUAUGGACCUUUCACAAAAGUCAGCAGUUUUUGAGUUUGUAAAUGUAAGCAAAAGAUAUAUGGAGGUGAUGGGGAGGGGAGAAUUUACAGAAAUAUCUGUAAAAAGGGACAGAGAGUCCUGUGGCACCUUAUAGACUAAUAAACAUAUUGGAGCAUAAGCUUUCGUGGGUGAAUACCCACUUCAUCAGACGCAUGUCUGGUGUUUGUAUCCAAAAUAAAGUUCAUACGAGACAUAUGCAUGUCUGAGAAAAUCUGCAACUAGAAGCUACUCUACAGACAAUAAAAUGGGUUACAUUUUAAAAUUAAUAAGACUUUUUGACCACUCCAAAAAUCAAGCAUCUUGUUAGGGAAGUGUAAUAUAAAGUUCUUAGGAGAGAUAAAGUUAGAAUAUCCAGAGCAGUGUAUGAAAAGCGAGCUCUAGAAUAGAAGGCUGUCAGUACCAAUAAGCCAUGUACAUCAUGGUAUACUGUUAAUUUCCUGGUCCGGGGUUAUGUCGUUUAUGGAAUAUCAGCAGGUUUCUUUAGUUCUUCCUCAGGCCUCGUAUUGAUACACUGCUAAACCUCUACAACCCCAGCCACUGUUUAAUGAUCAUAUAUCCUGUAAUCACGUUUACCUUGGGAGAUGAGUAUAUUAUCAGUUGAGAGGCAAAAGAUACGUUUGGAUUUGAUGUGUUCAUGUUUCAAACUUAUCUUCGCUCCUGGCAGUACUUUAAUACUAGUGUCAUAUUUCAUCUGUAUGUCCAUAAGGAAAAGAAUGGUCUUUGUUCUUAAUGUUUUUCAAGUCCUUUCCCUGACUUUGUUGUUGGUGGAAGACUUUGGACAUAAUUCUGUGUUAGAUAAAUCAGUGCAAUUAAAUGCACAAUUAUUACAGACUAUUAGACUUCUAACAACCCCUUUUUAGUUCCUUUUAUAAAUCAGGAUGUAAGGUUUUUCAAAUGUUUUACUUAAAUGCCCAGGAAAUAUCUGGAACUUUUCUCCCUCUUCCAACCCACGCACUGAAAAUAUUAUCCUCCCUACUUCUAUGAAAAACACAACUAUUUCCCUAUUUUGCGAAGGGGAGAGGGUAAUGUUGGGGAACUUUGAAACUGCCUGAGCAUUUGUUUUAGUAUGUCAUAGCAACAGUAUGUUCAACCCAUCCAGAUGCCCUAACAGCCUACAUGUACUAUCCAGUCUUUGUGUCUGGCUUAUCAUACCUGCAGCAAUUGUAGUUUAGAAUAAGCCGGUAUGACAUUUACUUCUGAAUUAGUAAAACACAAAGCCAAGAUUGUUGUUUGAGUUUUAAAUAAUAGUUUGUUUUGACAGAUAUUUCAUUUGGGUGCUCACCCUGCUUGAACUCAAUUUAUUUGUUUUGUGUGUUUGGAAGUUCAGUAAAAUGUUAAGACAUGACAAGCAGUAACCCUAUCUGGGCACAGAUGUUGGGGGGAUAGGGGUAAAAUGGACCAAACUGGUAUGGUGGGUAUUUUUGGGAUAGUGGGGGUGGGCAUAAUUUAAAUAACUUUGUCUAAAAUAAAAUGUAAGUGCAAUAAAUGUGCUUUUUAUUCAAAGCUGUGAACUGUUUAAAAAAAAGACAUGCACAUCAUUCCUUCCUGAGCCUUGUUUUUUCCUAUGUUUCUCCUCAAAUGACUGAAACCUGGCAGUGGCCAACCUGCAUGUCUUCUCUAGUAUCAUGAUUAAAUAUGUGCUUAUCUAAACCAUGCCAUUAAAAAAAAAAUCUAAAUCCCCCUUGGUAGGACUAAGGCAAAUCCUCCCCCUACUUCUGCACCCCUGGAGAGUCCUUAUCGUGCCAGUCUGCUGUGCUUCACUUGGAAGGGCAGGUUGUGAACAUCCCUUGAGGCUGGAGCACUGGCAAGGGCCCUGAGGAUCUGCUGUGUCGCUCCUCUUCACAGGGGUACAGAGCCUACUCCAGCCAUUGCAGUAGCCUCUCUGAGUAGGAAGAUUCCUUCCUCUGCAUAUGACUGGCACUUGUUCUGGCUAAGGGCACCAGGGCUGGGCAGAGGAUUUUUUCCUAAGCAACUAGGAAGAGGGCCAGCAACUUCCUGCUUGGGUCCUCUAUAUUCCUUUUGUCAAAACAAGCAUGCAGGCUGGCCCCUGUUUUUUCCUAUUACUCCACCUUGUUUUGAAGGAAUAGUUAUACAUAUUUUUAAUCACUUGUGCGGUACUUGCACAGUCUGUCCCUUCCUCACUCAAGAUCAUGUGCUUUCCCUAGGCUAGGAAAGGUGCGGUGGUCUUUUCUCUACAAAGGACUCAAUACUAAUGUUUCAUUAAAAAGUUCAUGGAAAGCGUAGAACUCACUAGUUGGACCCCAUAGGGAAAAGCAAGGGGGAUGGCUUUUUAAAAAAAAUUAUGAAGAUGUUGCCUCAUAAUACCUUGUUUAUGAGCAACAAAAUACUCUAGUAAGGAGAGGAAAGGGAAAUCAUAUAUAGAUUUGAUUUUUUUUACUUAGUGCAAUGAAAUGUACAUCCCACAGUUUGAACUCUGUGCUAACUAACACAACAUUCCUUUAAGCUGUAUUUUUACCACCAAAAGUUUUGUGAGGGUCUAAGUCUUCACUGUAGAAGGUCCAAUCUGGUUACUUACGAAAACAAUUGUGUUAGUAGAUUUCUAUAGCUGCUUUUAAAAACUACAAUGGAGUAAUUGUUUUAAAACUUGUAUUUAUUUUUUAACUCAUAAGCAAAUGUUUAUUUUCAGUUUUCUGUUACACAGACCAUGGCAACUCCCAUUCUUUCCCUUCCCAAUGUCCACAGUAAUUGCUAAUACAAAUUAUUUUUCUUGCUUGUUUCCCUGCCCUCUACUUUUGUUACCCCUUCCUGCUCAAGUCCCUUCAUUUGUACUUUGAAGUUUUUUCUCAUGUAAAUUUGUACAAUGGGAAAUAUUGUCCAGUUUGGUUAGAGAGCAUGGAGACUUAAAACAUUAAAAAUUUGAUAGCUGAAAUUGAAGAAAACUAUUUCUGUGUAAAGUUAUUUAAAGAACUCUGUAUUAUAUAAAAGGCAAAAAGUUCUAUGUACUUGAUGUGAAUAUGAGAUUACUGCUAUAAUAAAGAUUGACUGCAUGGA